AUGGCUUCUUCCACGCCUCGUACCUGGAGAUACCGCGUGUUCACGAGCUUCCACGGACCAGACGUCCGUAAAACCUUUCUCAGUCAUUUACGCAAACAGUUAAUCUCUAAUGGGAUUCCGAUGUUCGACGAUCAAGAGAUAAUUGCUCCUGCUGCACUCACGCAAGCGAUUAGGGAAUCGAGGAUCUCGAUUGUGUGCAAGGAUGAUACUGGGCAAAUAGUGACGACCAUCUUCUAUGGAGUAGAUCCAUCUGAUGUUCAGAAACAAACCGGAGAAUUCGGGAAAGUUUUCGAUGAAACUUGUGCUCAUAAAACAGAGAAUGAGAGGCGAAAAUGGAGGAAAGCUUUAAGCUAUGUGGCCAAAAUACCCGGAAAAAAAAUUCCGAAACUGGCAAUGCAGUCUUUGUUACAUUUAUAUAAUGAGGAUGGAGUUAUGAUAGUUGGAAUCUGUGGUCCUCCAGGCAUUGGUAAGACUACCAUUGCAAGAGCUUUGGAGACCCGGCUCUCUAGCAAUUUCCAGCUUACUUGUUUUAUGGGGAAUCUUAGGGGAAACUCUAAUAGCAGUCUUGAUGAGUAUGAUUUGAAGUUGCAAUUACAAAAACAACUUCUUUCCAAGAUUUUAAACGAGAAUGGUGUGACGAUUCCCCACUUAGGUUCGAUUAAAGAAAGGCUAAGCGACAAAAAAGUGCUUAUCAUUCUUGAUGAUGUGUAUGAUCUUGAGCAACUUGAGGCUUUGGCUGGUGAAACUAACUGGUUUGGUCCUGGAAGUAGGAUUGUUGUGACCACAAAAAAACCAACGGCUCUUGCGGCAACAUCGUAUCGAUUCCAUAUACCUUGUGGAUUGUCCAACUAG